CACCAUCAUCAUCAUUUUUCGUCUCUUCUCUUCCUCGUCAGCUGAGCAGGUGAUGGAGCUGGUGUUCCCGCUGGGGAUGACGGGCGGGGCCGUGGCGACGAGCGACAGAGCUGAGUUUCACAUCGGGGAGAGCACGCUCUUCCUGCAACAGCCCCUCAGUCUUUGUUUGUGGCUAAAGGCUGCUGUGAGCACUGCAACUGCCAGGAUUAUAUCCUACUUUUACAAGGACAUCGUUAUCUUUGUCUCUCGAUCGGGCGCUAUGAUCUCCAUCAGGACAGAGUCUCAACUAGUGGAUGUGCACGAGGAAUCCCUCACGCCCCGUACGUGGCACCAGUUAUGUCUUCUGCGUUCACCUGACAGCCAAGUCCACAUGUUGUUGAAUGGACGAACUCAUGCAAGCAUGCCUUACCCCGCCAACGACUCUGGUGUCGACUACCGUCAGGAGCGCAACGGUAAAGCUAUUGCUUCCUUGAUAAGACGAGCCGAAGACCGGAGUGGCAAAAAUUUCACUAACGUUCCUCUCAUCAUUCUCGGAUCCCUGGAGUCUGAGUUUGAGUCCCCGAUCGGUCGCAUAGCCGACGUUAGAAUGUACUGGAAGCUGCUUUCAACCACAGAAACAGAAACUUUGCGGAUGUGCAGUGAGAAGGCGCCGGAAGGCACUAAGCUGGAAAUACAGUACACAACAGAAGCGGUGAUGCUUCGUAAAGUUCCUAAGCAGGUGAUGUGUAGCGACUUCUGGAUUCACGUGGUGACAUACACGGCCUACACAAAGCAAGGAUACACAGAGGCCCUUUGUACUAAGCUCGGUGGGUGGUUGCCCGCUCCGCAAAACUUUGAUGAUCUGAUAAAUAUUGCCGACAUUCUACCAGAUUACAGUGGCAAACCGGAAAUGUAUUUUUGGCUCAGUAAUAACACCAAUAAGUUGGCUUUAGGCAUGAGCGAGGAGUGGUGUUGCGCACAAGACCUGCGCCACGGUGGCAGUCUUCCGAUGAGUGUUCCAUGCAGCUCCUGGGCGAGAGAUUUCGUCUGUUUCAUUUCGCACGGCAAGUCGGUGCAUCUACUGCAUUCUAAUGAGGAAAUUGAGUUGUUCUUUGGAGACGUUGGUGAAAACUACCUAUUGGUGAGCGACCAGGGCUAUUCGCUCACCGCUGAGAACGGCUCUUAUGUUUUACGCAACCUGGUGGGUGUUCGGCUGGGGCAGCGCGAAGGUCAACAGAUUACCGAUAUCAUUGGCUUGCGGGACUGGAUUAUCACCGGCGGCUCCAGGUACAGCAUUACCCUCAGCACCUGCCACUUGGACCAAUUCACCUGCCAAAAUGGGGACUGUCUCGAGCUAGAGCGUCGCUGCGAUAAAUUCCCGGACUGUUCUGACGGAUCAGAUGAGGACAACUGUCACUAUCUGCAGCCACCACCUGCCAACUAUCGUUCAUUCCUGCCGCCCUCAACAACUACAGCUGUAUCUCUCACUGUUGACAUUACUGACAUACAUGACAUCAAUAUGAAAGAAAGCCAGUUAGGAAUUUCUGUGACAAUGGAGCUUCGCUGGAUGGACCCUCGCCUCACCUUUACUAACAUGGCCAAUAAAACAAGGCUAGAUGAGGCUCUCGAUCAGAUCUGGAAGCCGACAGUGGUGUUCGUCGGGGCGAAGUACGAAGACAAUGUCAAUCUGUACCAGGGUGUCAACAUUAUGAGGUUCCUCUUUGCUGAAUCCUCCACGAAGGGCGUCCCAACGGUAGUCAACAGCUCUAGGGCCCUCAUGCAAGACGGUCAUCAAGUUCGCCUCAUCCUUCAACUGAUGCUGGAUCUGAGCGUCACGUGUUCAUACGACCUGGUGCUGUACCCUUUCGACGUGCAAGAAUGUGGCCUUAACCUCGCCCUAGCCUCCGAACUGACUGGCGACACGCACUGGGACUCCAAAGACCUGCACGCUAACCACGUGCUUCCCCAGCCUGCCCUCUACGGCGCUACCAUCGUCAAGCUGGAGCAGCUGUCCAAGACGGAGGUGGUACUUAGGUUCCUACUUGAGAGGUGGUACGGGUCAUACAUGUUGACAUCGUACCUGCCGUGCCUCAUCCUGCUGGUGAUAGGAACGGCGACGCAGCUGUAUCCUGUGACUGCUGUGUCAGACCGUGUGAUGGUGACACUCUCCUGCCUCAUCGUACUCGCGUCUCUGCUGGCACAGGCCAGUGCUACUCUGCCGGAGUCCGCCAGUUCCAAGGCAAUUGAGGUGUGGUUCUCUUACACCAUUGCACGCAUGUUCCUGGUCUCCAUGGUGCACACUGCUGUCUACCGCGCUGAAUCCACGACACCUGAAGAAAGGACAGCGAAGAUCCAGUCUCCACUAAUGCUGAAAGUAGUAUCUGCUAGGAGUGUCGCGCCGCAGAGAAAGCCACAGAAAUAUCCCUCCAAACACGACCGCGCCAAGAGGAUCAACCAUGUGGGCCUCACUGUGGGUCUGGCACUAGACUUGGUCUUCAUUGCAUCCUAUUUUGCCUACAUCCUAACCAUCAGGAACCGCAUCUUUCACGCCUAGCCAGUGGAAAAAUUCUGGAUGGCAAAGAUCGUAAUUGAUCGGUAUCAGUCAACGUCUAUCAGAUUGUAGAAACUAGGAAGACUCUCUUAAGCUCUACAAAGACAAGGAAAGCUUCACUGGAUUGUGUUGAGACCAUAGAGGCUUAUCCAGGCAUAACUAGAACACUUAGAUAAAAACAAAUAAUAAAAACAUCUUCCAAAGUAAAUGUGUAAAUAGAUUUGAGCAAAUACACAAUUCAUGUAAUGUAAUACAGCCUGCGCAUUCAUACAUCUAUUCUCUGCCGGAUGUCAAGUGUGCAUCAAGUUGUAAAAUGAUCCCAAGAUGCCACGGUAUUUAUGUCGGAAAUAACAUGAGCACACUCUCCACCACUUUAUGGCCUACACUGUCUUUCAAAGGCGAUACUAGAGCGUUAGGAAUGAAAAAGAGUGGUGGGUUCAAGAAAAGCUUCAAAGGAACCAUAAACUUAGUACAUAAUAGCACGUAAUCGUAGGAAGUGUGUGUGUGUGUGUGUGUGUGUGUCGCUUGUAGAGGAGCAAAGCAG